AUGGCCACAAAACAGCAGGUUUCGUUGGUUCGUGUGGAUGAAGACUACAUCGACAUUGAACUAAGUUCUUCACCAAACUUCUUCUCUUAUUCCAUUGGCUCUCCCCAGCACAACAGAGAAUUCGAGUUCCAGAACAAGAAAGAGUCCACAACUUACCCUGCUGAUGAACUCUUCUACAAGGGAAAACUCCUUCCUCUUCACCUCCCUCCUCGCCUCCAAAUGGUUCAAAAGCUUCUAGAAAAAGCUGAUGCAAAGUUUGGCUAUGUGAGAUCACAGUCUUCAUUGGAAGACAGUAGCUUUCCCUACACCACUGAUAUUAGAAUGCAUUCAACAAACGCUAACACUCCUCUUGAGUCCUGCAACAUCUCUCCCUCCGAAUCAUGCAGGGUCAGUUCUAGUGAAGCAUACCCACCUGAAUUUCUGUUUGAUUGGUCCGCUGAGAUUGAUGGGUUGGUUGGGGAUCUUCCAAAGAAGCCUUGUUCCAAGAAGCUCAAACAAACUAAGCAGUUCUGGCUAUGCCAAAGGCUUAAGGCUUCACGAGCUUACCUGAAGUCUUUGUUUGGCAAAUCUGGUUGCUCAGAUAAGUGCUGUGCCAGUGCUGUGAACAAAGUGGGAGCAGUGAAGAAAUCAAAAUGCAAGGAGUGUGAGAACAAGCAUGUGAAGAGUGUUAAGAAUAACCCGUUUGAGAUUUUUGAUGAUAAUAUGCAUCAGAGAUCCUUUGCAAUCAAGAAGAACAUAAACAGUGACAUGCUUGAAGAUGGCUUUGUUAACAACAGCAGAAGGUCUUUCUCAGGGGUGAUUCUACGACAUUAUGCUUCCAAGGCUUCCUCUUUGUCCACUUCUUCAUCUGGGUCAUCUUCCUCAUCUUCGUCCUUUUCACUUAGCUCAUCUGGGUCUUAUGAUUUGCAGUUGUUCAAGAAGGGUAUCAGUGUAAAUUCUGAGCUGGAAAGUUCAAUUGAGAGUGCUAUAGCCCAUUGUAAACAGUCCCAGCUACAGAGUAGUUCAAAGAAGAUUUGUUCACAAUCUGGAGUUUGUGGAAAACAAGAAAUGAACAGGACUUGGCUGAACCAAAAGGGGUGUGGGAGAGUGGAUAAGACCCUCCUGGAAAAGAAUCAAUUUUUCAUUUGA